AUGUCAACAAAUAAAAAAGAAAAAGAAGAAGAAAAAUUAUCUUCAAUAAAUAAUGAUGAUGAAAUGGAUCGUUUAGCACGUCAAAUGCUUCUUGAAGAAGCUAAAAGAAAUAAAAUACGUGCACAAACACAAGGUGCAUUAGGAUGGCAAAAACCAACACAAGUUACAAAUAGAAAAUUUUUACGUAAUACACUUAUUUCAAAUGCUGUACACAAUAUUAAUAAAAAUGAACAAGAAAAACAACAACGACUAAAAUCUAUGACGUAUAGAAAACAAGAUGAUUAUAAAUAUCAACGAAAACGAUCGCAUACACCACCAAGAAAAAAACAUGAUUAUAAUGAUGAUGAAUUAUCAUCAAAACGAAUGAAAAAAGAUAAAUAA